AUGAUAGAAUCCUUCGGAACAAUGAGAGUCAGUUCAUGUAUUUGGAGGGCCACGACGCUGAUGGGUGGACCACUCACUUGAAGCUAUUCUAUCGUUACAUGAACAAAGCUGUCCGUGCUACCUUCACUCUCAAAAAGGGAGAUGCCAUCUCACUUCUCUCUCACACCUGGAAUGUGGUUGCUCAUCUUCGUUCCAGUGGCCGUGAUUUCAGCGUGUUUGACUUUCUUUGGAAUAACUUGAUCUUUGUUGGGACUGAUCCAGAGCGUUGUUUGCCAUAUGCUCCUUAUGUCAUGUUCUUAAUUGAGACGACCUCGAAGACCAUCUAUCCCAAGGACUACACUCAUUCCCAUCUUCGCAUCAUGAAGAAACGGGGGACCGGACUACCACCUCCUCCUCGGACCAUUCGGACCAUUCGCAGUGCUUCUGGUGUUCCCGUCGAUGACACACCCGCGGCUGCUGCUGCUUGUGUUGCUCAGGCUGCUGCUACUACGGCGGCGGUUGUGGGACAUGACCCGUAUCGCCCAUCUCAUCGGUCUUCUUCCUAUGUCGGGCCAUCUACCUCCCGAGGCAAGUCUAAGAACAAGGUGCUGCGGGCUUUCACCUCUCUUAUCAAGCUUUGUCGCAGCAACGCCAUUGAAAUCAACAAGUGUCAGAGGGGCAUCAAGGAACUUCAAGAUCAUGCUGCCACUUCUUCUCAUGCUCUUGGUCCUGUCGUGGCGUCGGAGGAAUAACUUGAUGAGGAGGAGGAGGAGAGGAUGACGACUACGU